AUGCCAAACAUGAGUAAUUCAACAUCUGCAUGUGAUAAAAUUAGCGAGCUACCGAGCAAUGUAAUGGAGGACAUCCUAAAGCGCUUACCGCAGAAGGAAGCAAUGAGAACGAGCAUCUUGUCAACCAAAUGGAGAUAUAAAUGGUUAACAGUACCACAGCUUGUAUUCGAGUAUCCUUGCAGAUACAAGUUAGAAACGUCAGAAAGGGGAAAGCUAGUGAUAGCUGUUUACCAAGCUUUACUACUUCACCGUGGACCUCUAGUUAAGUUCAGUUUCUCAGUUUCUGAUUUAGAGAGCUGUUCUGAUAUCAAUCACUGGCUACAUUUCCUAUCAGCGAAUGAUAUCGAAGAUUUCACCCUUCGUAUCUGGACAGGCAAGUGCUAUAAGCUGCCGGGUCAUCUGUAUUCCUUUCAACAGCUGAGGCAUUUAAAUCUUUACAAUUGUGCGUUUAAGCCUCCAUCUUCGUUCAAAGGAUUCGACAGUCUUAUUAGCCUGGAGUUUCGAAAAGUGCUCUUUGCAGCUGAGAGGUUUGGUAUUUUCAUCUCUAAUUGCCCGUUAUUGGAACGAAUGACAUUGGAAGGUUGCCCUCAUUUCUAUUGCCUCAGAAUCAGUGCUCCUAAUCUCAAAUAUUUAUCUUUUAGUGGAACUUUCGAUUCUAUUAAUUUGAAAAAUGCUCCUCUUCUCAAAGCUGUCUCAAUUUCUAUGAAUGGAAUGCCUGAAAAUGCAAGAUACUUCAAGGACAGGAAAGUAUCUAACUUGAUUGAGAUUGUAUCUAGUGUACCUGCAGUUGAGAACCUGUCUGUAGAGCAGCAAUUUUUUAAGGCAAACACCAAGACCAAUGCUGUCAUGGAACCUGCUUUAGAAUAUAUGAGAGUUCAGGACUUCUCAGAUUGCUCAUUGAACCGACUUCGAGAAGUAAAGAUGCAACUUAUCUCUGGUGUGCAGCCGGAAUUGGAAUUCAUGAAGUUUUUGCUAGCUGAAUCAACCAUGCUUGAAAAAAUGGAAAUCUUGCCUACCAAAGAGAAGAGCAUUAAUGGUGGUUUUCAAAUAUUGAGAGAGCUGAUACGGUUUCGACGAGCUUCAGCAAAAGCUGAAAUUAUAUACUUAGAACCUGAUCUCGAUGGAUUCCCAUUUUAG